AUGUGUCGGCGGUCUUUUGCUCGGCUACUGCAGGGUCUGUCUGUCCAACAUGUUGAUUCCUUGGAAGCUGGCCUGCAGGGUCGCCCCACGUCAUUGAGAAUCUCCGAUCGGUCCGUUUCUGUGGCGAGAACCAGAUCGCUCACCCCAGUAGAUAUCCAUGCCCGUCAUGCGGUUACAUCUGGGCUGCACUUCUCCAAGUGCGCUGCGAAUUCCCUGAUCACAUCAUCUCGUUCCUAUUCCCAGCAUACUGGUCGAGAAACGAGAUAUUUGGAUCCAAAAAUCGUGGACAUGGCGCCUGAGACACCUGGAUUCGACGCGAGUCCAGCAGAUAUUCUCAAUUACCCCCCUUCUGAUCCAGCAAAGACCGCAUUGGAUCCGGAAUCAGAUGAAGACAUCCCCGUUGAUGCCGAUGAGCUGAAAGAGGCUCUUGGGCGACCACCUCCGGUAAACAGCAGCUAUCUUCCACUGCCUUGGAAAGGACGGUUAGGAUAUGCCUGCUUAAAUACAUACCUUCGCUAUUCCACACCUUCCGUGUUCUGUUCUCGAACAUGUAGAAUCGCUUCUAUACUCGAAAACCGACACCCACUCCAAGAUCCCGAUCAGCCGGCACACCCUACCAAGAAUCGUCCAGACCGCGAUCAACCGGCUGAUAUCUCUCGCGGACAGGCUUUUGUCGAAGGGCUAGCUUUGGCGAAUGUACGCGAUUUGGUCAAAAUAAUUCGCUGGAACGACAAGUACGGAAUUAAAUUCAUGCGACUGAGCAGUGAGAUGUUCCCAUUUGCCAGCCACGCGGAAUAUGGUUACAAACUGGCGCCGUUCGCCUCGGAGGCAUUAGCCGAUGUAGGACGAGUGGUCGCAGAGCUUGGACACCGGGUCUCAGUUCAUCCUGGCCAAUUCACGCAAUUUGGAUCACCGCGGGAAAAUGUGAUCGAGAGUUCUUUUCGUGAUCUCGAAUAUCACUCGGAGAUGCUCCAGCUACUUAAGCUACCCCCACAGCAGGACCGCGAUGCGGUCAUGAUUCUGCAUAUGGGUGGAGUAUUUGGUGAUAAGGCUGCCACACUCGACCGAUUCCGCAAAAACUAUGCCAUGUUGUCGCAGGACAUCAAGAAUCGCUUGGUUUUGGAGAAUGACGACGUCAGCUGGUCUGUUCACGAUCUACUUCCUAUAUGCGAAGAGCUUAAUAUUCCUCUUGUCCUCGACUAUCACCAUCAUAAUAUCAUAUUCGAUGCCAAUGAGCUCCGUGAAGGCACUGAGGAUAUCAUACCCCUCUACGAGCGUAUAGCAGCGACAUGGUCUCGCAAGAAUAUUACCCAGAAAAUGCAUUAUUCCGAACCAACCGCAGCUGCCAUCACUCCGCGCCAACGGCGCAAACACAGCGACCGCGUUGCUACUUUACCCCCCUGUGCGCCUACUAUGGACUUGAUGAUCGAGGCCAAGGACAAGGAACAAGCCGUUUUUCAAUUGAUGAGAAAUUUCAAACUCCCCGGAUACAAUCUUGUCAAUGACCUCAUCCCAUAUAUGCGCUCCGAUGAAAAUCAACCCUUUAAACCACCCAAAAAGUCCAAGAAAAACGGCGGCUUUGUGGACCUAGAAGGCUUAAUACCACCACCUCGCACCGUUCCAGACGAAGAAGUUGGAAUGGGUGGACCAGAGGGCCGAGUAUACUGGCCUCCUGGUAUGGAAGAAUGGCUCCGACCGGCAAAGAAGAUCGUGAAACCCAAAGCCGCUCCCAGUCCAAAGAAAAUUGCCUCCAAAAAGACUAAGAUUGAGGAUGUCAUGGAUGAUGGUACCCUUGACAUUCCCACGGAGAAAGAAACGCCCGUCAAAAAGACAGCAAGCGUCGCUAAACGCACGCCUCCAUCGGCCAAGACUCGUCGCAAGCGCAAGCUUUCGGACAUUGAGUCUACCCCAGAGCCAGAAGAGACCCAAGUGAUCUCAGCAGAACUGGGAGUCUCACUCUCUCGGCGAAGUUCACGAGCGAAAAAAGUGAACUACACUGAGGACAGUGUAUAA